UUUUUUUAAGAAGACACAAAAUAAUUGAUUCUGUAAAUGAAAAAUAAUGGUUUUACUUACAUUACCUACCUAAGGAAGCCCUUCUGUGUUUAUCAUCUACUUAAAACAUAGUUUACAAAAUGCCUUACUAAUAAAUAUUCGACCUAGGCCAGUGUGCUCCCUGGCCGUGGCGGUAACCCCAUGGGGACAAUCUCUUUUAGUGCAUUCAUGGGUAAUAAAGCUAUGUAAACACCUUUAUGAAUCCAUUUGAAUUUGCAGCUGGUAGUAUUCCUUGAGUGGAACAGGUUUAUGUUCUGUGUAUUGUACCUUGUACCUAAGUUCAUCUUGAGGUUUUAAGAGAUUCAUCUCAUUUCACGAGGUCCUGAAUUUUGUGCACAAGUACAAUAUGCAAAAAAAAAAAAAAAAAAGUUCUCCAGUCAAAUAAAUUUGGGAAAUGUUAAAAUAAACUUUCUUUACUGCAUAACUUGCCAGAGUUUUACUAUGCUUAUGUGCUCUGUGAUUCUACAAGAUCCCAAACUUAUUUGACCAAGGAAAAAGUUAGGGGCAAAUAUUCUAAGAAUCACAUGUAGGGAAACUGUGUUCUGGACAUACAACCUGUGAUUUCGUGGGCUUUGAUCGUAAUCCCUCUCACGCAGCUGGUCCUUUCUCUGCUGAGAAUGGUGUUGAUUCACGCUCACAGGGGAGCUUCUCCGUCCCCGGAUGGCUGCAGCUGCCUUUCGCUGGGCCCGCACGCAGUCUCCGAGUGGCAGCGCACGCAAGGCCGCGGUUGUGCGCUGGGCUUUGUUCCCAGGCUCGCCCUGCUGGUGCUCAGCAUGUUGACCUUUGGGUCACACCAGCACAUCACACGGCUUUUCUUCGGAGAAUAUUUUGUAGUGACUCAUAGGCCGCUUUGUAGUGAUUCAUACUAACGCAGACCAUCAGCUCCAGUGUGUUUGCCCUGAAUUCCACUGGCCUUAUUUCCUUUUCAUGUCAGUAUAACCAGGAAGAUUUUGCUUUUCAUUCAAAACCUAUUUAAAUACCCCUGUGCUGGUUGUCAGUAGGACCUGUCUGUGAAUUUGAGAUGCUCCUUAAAGCCUUAACACUUGGUUUCUACUUUGAAAGGUGAGGGGCACACUUAUUUCUUUUGUACUCAAAAUUCAGACUUUAAUUUGUCUUAUUUUGACAUUAGUAUUUACUGGGUUUUUGUUUGUAUCUCUCCUUUCCAAGGCUCAGGGGAGGACAAGAGGCUGAACAAUUGUAUCUGCUAAAUGGGAAAAAAAAAUGGCUUCGAGACAAUAACCUAUAGCUAUGUAACAUACCUAGAGAAUUGAUCUCUCCCCGUGCCGUGUGGCUUUUGUCUCCCCUCUCUACCCAGCAGACACAGCCAUCCCCUCACAGCAACACCGCACGACUCAGAUCUGAGACUUAGGGCGCCCCGGCACUCAUAAUACUGCGCUGGAGGGGGAGAGGUGACAGGACGUGAGAUAAGCAGAGCCAGAUACGAAGCAGUUUGGAAUGAGAGCCCCAAAGGCGAAGUUUACCUUAGACAGAAACGCGACCCCAGUCAUAAGAGGCGAGUUCUUCCAGAGCAGGCGGGCACCUUCACUGUCCUGAUGGUACCGGCAUAGGCAGGCCUGGGGAGGCCUUUGGGAGCAAGAUACGGAGCUGGCCACGGGAGCCUGGUGUCCCGGGAAAGCUUGUCUCCAAUUCGGUGGUAGUGGGCUUGCGGCCCUUGCUGACAGAUGGGAUGGGCAACGGAAGCAAGGAACGAGCCCGUGGUAACUCAGACGUUUGGAGUCUGCAGGAUCAGGAGAGGCUGUGCUGCCGCUGAGAGAAAAUCAGGAUCUGGAUAAGGCGCAGGGCUUCCACGUUAGGUGAGUCGGAAAUGAGAGAGCCCUGUAAGACCAGAGCUGACGGUGGGCUCAGAGUCCGAUCCGCUCAAGGUACAAUGGGCGAAGCAGCUGUGAUGCUCGGAAAUUAUUCCCUACGCUCCAACUAUUUCUUAAGCCUAGAAAAGAAAGACUUGCCUUUUAGGGACAGUAAAGGAACGGUGUUAAGGAAAAACAACAAGUCAGACUCCGUUGUUCUUGAAAAGAGGGCUUGGUUUCGCUCGGUUGUUCUCUCUGGCAUCCUACUGUGUUCUGGCAUCUCCUUUGCGCUUGACGGUCUCGCUUUGAGGGUUUAACAAGCUCCCAAGCUGUGGCGCAAUUCCGCUCCUACCUAAUGGGCACCUAAUGGGCGUAGGAGGCCUUUGUUUUGUGGAGCAGAUCCCCGUGGAGCUGUGCUCUGCCGAGUGGGGAAUCCAAGGACGCCACGCGGCGCUGCUGGGCCCGAAAGACCUGCUCCUUUAAAACCCAGGUCGAGUCGUUGUGAGAUCAGGGCUGGGCGGGGGAGUCCUUAGGGGUUAGAGCUGAGUCUGCCUUAGGGAAAGAGUUUGCCCAGAAGGUGUGCGGCCCUUAUCCCCAUGGAGGGCACAGGGGCUUCUUGGCUGGCCUUGUGACGUGGGAAGCCAGAGCAUAAGCCCACGCCUCUGUGGACACAGGGGCUCCUGCCACUUCCGGAAGCGUAUCAUUAAAAUGCAGCGAGGAAUUUCUCCUGUGCUCUCGCUCGGCUCUGACUCAUCGUGAUCCCCAGAGUCUCUUGCAACUGAAGAAUGAUUCCAUGAUGCUACCGAAAGCGCUUUCCCUAAAAUGAAAGCCCCCUUCUGGAAAUGCCUGCCCCCCCCCCCAAGGAACCUUUCUGAGUAAACUGAUGACUAGGUGCUUUGCCCUUAAAACACACCUCUCACUUCACCUUAGACAAGCCACGCGCAGCGGGAGGCCCCGACUUGACCUUCACAGUCUUGCCUUUGCAAAUGCCAAGCGCUUGGAAGGCAGGGGCUUUUCCCUGGCGAAUAGGGCCUGCAUGUGUUGUCUGGGGUACUGCCUUCCCACCCGAAUGAGCGUGCCCUUGUGCCCACUCCCGUGCAAAUUCCGUUGCUAACUCCAGGUUGCCCGGUGCUGCCCGGCUUCUGAUAGUGCUAGGCCUGCGUUUCCACAGAACUCCUCGCCGAGCGGAGUUCUUGAGUGCUUCGCGGUCAACAGCAUCACCUGAGGUUCUGCCCGAGGGUCCCUUCAGUGUCUGGCAGGGAGCCUCUGGUGCCCUCGGUUCCGUUUAGGCUGUGCAAGUAGACAUUUGCGAGGUUUGGUUCUAGGUGGCGGUUGCUAGGACCAGGUCACCUUGCUCACUGGUGAGUUCGUUCAAACCCAAACAGUCACACCUGUGUCCUGUGCGCGGGUGCUGCAGGCUUAGGUGGAGAAAAGCAGGGCUAGAAUUGGAAUCCAAAGCCCAGCAUGGCAGGAGAGGAUGUGGGGGCUCCACCCGAUCACCUCUGGGUUCACCAAGAGGGUAUCUACCGCGACGAAUACCAGCGCACGUGGGUGGCCGUCGUGGAAGAGGAGACGAGUUUCCUAAGGGCCCGAGUUCAGCAAGUUCAGGUUCCUUUAGGUGACGCCGCCAGGCCAAGUCACCUUCUUACCUCCCAGCUACCUCUCAUGUGGCAACUCUACCCUGAGGAGCGCUACAUGGAUAACAACUCUCGCUUGUGGCAGAUCCAGCAUCACUUAAUGGUCAGGGGAGUACAGGAGCUGUUGCUUAAGCUUUUGCCUGAUGAUUAAUCUGGUGCUGGGAUCUGGGAAGAUAAGCCCCUCUGCUCUGUUCAGUACAUGGCAGUCACGUCAUCCGUCCCUGCAGUGCACCCCCCCGUGGGCCUGGGGGGAGGGAGGGGGUUGAAAAACUGUUCAAGAACACGGAAGUUUAGGAAG